AAUAACCUAAAAAUUUGUCUCCUAAAUGCAAAGUUAUUAAAAUUGGUAAUAUAUGACCAUUUUAUCAAUUUUCCUAAACUACCCCUCUCAUUUGUAAUCAGCUCUCUUCCUCUCUCUUCGUCUCUCUUCCCCACCAGCCGAUCCCUUUCCCAUUCCAACACCAAACCCACACUUCCCACACCAAACCCACACUUCCCACACUAAACCCACACAGUCGGACCCUCUCUCUUCCUCUCUCUUCGCUGCUCGCCGGACCCGUGACACCCUUCGACGAACUGCCAACAUCGACAAUGUCAAAGGUAUGUCUUUUUUUUGUUUUUUUUAGAAAGGAUUUAAAGAUUACUUAUGUUUGAGAUUGUUUGUGAGAUAUUAUUGGUUAGAUUUAGGUUUUUUUUGUGAAAAUGGGAUUCGGAUUCCGACUGUGAAGAUGGGGUUCGGAUUCCGGCUGAAAAAUGGGCUUCGGAUCUGGGGAAGAAGACCGGCCCGAUGGUGUGACAUCGGUCCGAUGGUCCGAUUGGGGUGUGGGUCCGAUGGUCCGAUUGGGGUGUGGGUCGGGUCCGAUUGGGGUGUUCGUGUAUGGGUCCGAUGUUGGGUCGGACUGUUAUGCUGUAUGGGCAGGGAGAUUGGACCGAUGGGUCCGAUUGGACCGAUGGGUCCGAUGGGUACCCAAUCGGGCCAAUCGGACCAAUCGGACCCGAUAUUAAUUUUUUUUUUUUUAAUAUUAAUGAUUUAGUAAUUGUUUUAGGUAUUAAUUUAUUAUUAUAUUAUUUAGUGAUUGUUUUAGGUAUUAAUUUAUUUUUAAUGACUUAAUAAGUAUUUUUUAAUUAAUUAUUGGUAAGUAAUAAUUUUUAAUUUAUUAUUAAUUAUUAAUUAUUGUUUUAAUUUUUAUUGUUUUAUUAAUUAUUGUUUUAGUAUUAAUUAGUAAUUAUUGUUUUAGUAUUAUUUAUUAAUUAUUGUUUUAUUAUUAAUUAUUAAUUUUUGUAUUAUUUUUUAUUGUUUUAUUAAUUAUUGUAUUUUUAUUAAUUAUUAAUUAAUGUUUUAGUAUUAAUUAUUGUAGUAAUUUGUAUUGUGUUAUUAUUUAUUAUUUUUUACUAAUUAUUAGUUAUUAAUUAUUAAUUUUUAUUAAUUAUUAAUUAACAUUUUAUUAUUAAUUAUUAAUUAUUGUUUUAAUUGGUAUUGUGUUAUUAUUUAUUAAUAUUUUACUAAUUAUUAAUUAUUAAUUAUGAAUUUGUAUUAUUUAUUAAUUAUUGUUUUAUUAUUAAUUAUUAACUUUUGUAUUAAUUUUUAUUGUCUUAUAAAUUUGUAUUAUUUAUUAAUUAUUGUUUUAUUAUUAAUUAUUAACUUUUGUAUUAAUUUUUAUUGUCUUAUUAAUUUUAUUAUUUAUUGAUUAUUGUUUUAUUAUUAAUGAUUAAUUAUUGUAUUAAUUUUUAUUGUUUUAUUAAUUUUUAAUUAUUGUUUUAUUUUUUAUUGUUUUCGUAAUAAUUACAUAUUGUUUUAUUAAUUAUUAAUUAUUGUUUUAUCUUUUAUUAUUUUAUUACUUAUGUAUUAUUUUUCUAGUAUAAAUUAUUGAUUAUUUUUUUUUAAUUUUUAUUGUUUUAUUGAUUAUUGUUUAAUUAUUAAUUAUGAAUUAUUGUUUUAUUUUUUAUUGUUUUAUUCAUUAUUGGUUAUGUUUUAUUAUUAAUUAUUUAUCGUUGUUGGUUAUUAAUUAUGUAAGUAUAUUACCAAUUGUAUUUUUGUAUUAUUAAUUAUUAAUUAUCGUUGUUGGUUUUUUUUUUUCAGGGAAGUGCACAUCUUAUAAUUCCAGUGUCGGACCAUUACACUGGCUGUGUCACAUGGCGCGGGGGUAGUUACUACUACUCGAAGAUUAAGGAUAAAUUUGAAGAAUUUAACCUAUUGGACAGGGUGAGGGAAUCCCCUUUCAAGCAGUUUUUCGAGAGAGCGCCCAUACAAUUUUCUGGAGCAUUUUUUCAUCAGUUGAUGCUUCACAAAAUAAAAUCUGACAAGCCGGACGAGGUCCAUUUCUAUGUGGGAAGGAAGAGAUGUAGAUUUGGGAGGGUGGAGUUCGGCUUGGUCACCGGGUUAAACUUAUUGCCCGGCCCUACUGAGGAAGACAUCAAACAAAAUGGAAGCUCUGACCGGUUGAUUCAGGAAUAUUUCAACGGUAGUGCUUCGAUCACCUUUAGCCAACUGCGCAGAGUUUUUGAGAGCUGCACAGAAGCUGAUGAUGUUUACAAGUUGGGGAUGACCUUGUUUGUUAUGGGCGUCCUCACUGGUAAGGAGGAGAAGACUGCCGUUCCUCCUUUUGUGAUAAGAAUGGUUGAUAACCUUCCAUUCUUCUACGAGUAUCCCUGGGGAAAGAUUUCUUACACCAAGCUGAUGGAAAGUUGUAACAAGGAUUACUUGGAUGUGAAGAAUAAGAUGUUGAAAAAGAUUGAGAAGGGAGUCACUCAGAAGGAGGCAAAAUACUCAGCCUACGGCUAUGCUGCAGCGUUGCAAUAUUGGGCAUACGAGGCCAUAUUACAGCUGGGCAACGAGUAUGCGGUGAGGAGGUCGCAUGGCUUUCCGAGAAUGGUCAACUGGGAAAGUAAGCCGAAAACUACACUCGGGAAGGAUGAAGUCACCAGAUUAUUUGCUAAAAAUUUGACAGUGUACUCCGUGUUAUGUCCUCGGCCGAACGAGAUUGAGUUUGUGAGUUACAUAACCGGGGGUCAGCCUCCGUUAUUUGUUGACUUGGAGGAACUUGUGUUGGGUGAGGAUGGGCAACCAACACAGGAUGCUUUGCGAAGCCAGGCCGAAAAGCUUGCCUCCACAUUGGAAGAGCGAGCGGAGGCAGCCCGAAUAUUUAAAGACUCUACACCACCUCCACCGUCUCCUCCACGUGCACCGCCCGCAGUUCCAGAUGGGUCUGGUGUUGACCCAUCUCCAGCUUCAGUUCCUGAUGGGUCUGGUGUUGACCCAUCUGCAGCUUCAGUUCCUGAUGGGUCUGGUGUUGACCCACUUGCAGCGUCACAGGGUCCUCCUGUUCCCCCGUCAGCUUCCAUUCCCAGCACCUCGGAGGCUCGCGAUCCAGUAUACCCUGCCAUUUUGGCAAGGUUGGAGACUGUGGAGAGGGGGCAGGCCGCUCUGCUAAGAGGACAAACAACGAUUAUGGAUCAGUUGAAGACCAUAAUGACGCUCAUGCAAGAUCCUGGAAGGCCGGCAGCGGAUUCACAGCCACAGCCACAGCCACAGCCACAACCGGAAGAGGAGGCUCGGACACCGGAAGAUGACUUCAUUCUCCCAAAUGAUUACCAACCGGAUGAUGAUGACAUGUUCUGUACACCUGAGAAGACGAAUAUCACCAGCAUCGGGGAUACUCAGGAUUCUGAGGUGCAGGUGUUAGAGACAGCUCCAGAAGUCAUGGAGAACCGGAGGAAGAGAAGGCGGCCUAGGUGGUUCGCUGAGUACACUGAAAUGAAGAAGAAGGCUAGGGCUACUUCGACACUCGUGAAUGCGGACCCACUUAGAGUGGUUGAUCGGAAGCUGCUCAAGACUUUUCACAAUUGGGUACUCAGCCAGAUUGGGAACAAUUACCCGAGAGAGUGCUUCACCGGUCGAUACCAUUCGUCUUGGUUCCUCGAACUGCAUACUCCGAAAUUUUGGCUUGGGAACGAUCAUUUGGAUGCGGCAUUCCAUUUGAUGAGGAGGCGGCAACACUUUUAUCCCGAGUCCUACCCGAAUAGAUGUGUCAUAAUGCCGUGUAUUUUCCCAGCAGGAGUUAUUGCUCGGUGGGAAGCUGCGGGUGAUGAGCAGGCUAACUAUCAGUGGGACGAGGGCAUAUUAGAUUUGAUUCGAGGGGAUGAAAGUCAAUUCUUGGCCAGUUGGAAGAACAAGGAGAGAAUAUAUAUGGCCCUCUACUUCGAUGGAGCAAAGCAUUGGGUGGCAUUAGAGAUAGAUCUGGAUCAUUGGUUGUUGAACAUAUUUGACUCCAGCCUCGGAUCGAUUUCCCCGAACGAAUUGAACCGUCACCUGGCAAUGUGGGAAAAAUUACUACCAAAUUUGCUGCUGCAGGCUGGCCUAUUCGAGAGUCAUGACAUGAUCCUCUUGCCUCAACUUACCGCCUCAGAGAGCCAGGUCAGAAAUUUCACUUCAAAAGUCAUGGAUCGGGCCGUUGUUCCACAGACAAAGACAAGGUAACUUAAUUACAAUUGAUUUUUUUGUUAUUUAACUUGAAUUUAAUUUGCACACUUUUAUUCAUUUACUUUUUAUUG